AUGAGCUUCACUGAUGAAUUCAUUGCAUUAUCAUCUCCAAGUGCAAUAGUGCUAGAGGCGUUUCAGGAAUAUAUUAGAUAUGUUAUUGCAUUCAUAUUCGUCUCAUCAGCUAGCCUUUGGUUAUCUCUUCUGAUUCUUGGCGCCAUUCCACAGUUUGCGCUGCUUUUUCUGGUUUUCACUUACCCACUUGUGACGUUUUUAGUUUUACAUUUUAUUUGGAGCAAUCGGGUUGAUCGUGCCAUUGGUUGGCUUCGUCGGAGACGUUUAGCGCGUCAGGCUGGGUAUAUUGCUCUUUUUGCCUACGGGCGCAUUGUAGUCAAUAGUAAGGAUGAAUGGUACGUCGCCUUUCUCUCAUGUUCUAUCCUGUGUGGAAUGGGCAUUCUCGGCUUUUUCUCUGCCGCCGAAGAUUUCGUUAUGGCGCUUCAAUCUAUAUCCACGUAUUCUGGAGCUGCUGCUUUGGAGUUGAUGGUUCUUGGUCAGCACCCUGUACAGGCCAGCUGUGCUGCUGGCCUGUAUAUCUUGGCGGAAGCUAUAAUGUUCGUUGGAGCAGACCCGGCAGCGUUCCGUGGCUGCCUGACCUUCGCUCGACCCCUGCUGAACCACUGGUAGAGGCUGUUGGUAGACGGAAAUCAGCUGGCGGAACCGCGUGUUUAACGGCAAACACCUGACUCGCUGGAAGUCCCGGAAUAUUUUAGCACUCAAAUGUGCUCCGGUUACUGUUACUGUUUUCUAUGAUUUUAGUUCCAUUUUGUUGAAGCAAAGAGCAUUCCUCAUUUGGCUCCUAAA